AUGGCCGGGCCCCCGCCGCCCCCGCCGGGGCAGGAGGCGCCCCGCUACCAGGAGUGGAUCCUGGACACCAUCGACUCGCUGCGCUCCCGCAAGGCGCGGCCGGACCUGGAGCGCAUCUGCCGCAUGGUGCGGCGGAGACACGGGCCGGAGCCCGAGCGCACCCGGGCCGAGCUGGAGAAGCUGAUCCAGCAGCGAGCGGUGCUGAGAGUCAGCUACAAAGGCAGCAUCUCCUACCGCAACGCCGCCCGCGUCCAGCCGCCCCGCCGGGGGGCCCCGGCCCCGGCCCAGCGCCCCGGGGGCGCAUCCCGCCCCCACCGCGCUUCCCCGCCCGGAGCGUCCCCUGCAGCGCCCCGCUCCCCGCGGGCACCGGUCCCCGCCGCGCCCCGCUCCCACCGGGUAGCGCCCCGCGCCGAGCCGGCCGCGCCGCCUCGUAGGACCGGCCGGGAGCGGCCGCCGCCCCCUGCGCCCCCGGCCCCAGAAGAGGAGGCCCCCGAGCGCAGCUCCCCGGUCAGCCUGCGGGAGAUUGUGCGCUACCUGGGCGGGGAUGGGAGCGCGGCCGGGGGCGGCCGGGUGACCCGGGGCCGAGUCCAGGGGCUGCUAGAGGAGGAAGUGGCCCGCGGGAGGCUGGAAAGGACCCGCUUCGGCAGCAUCGCCCUGGCCCGGGCGGAAAGGGGGCCCCAGGGCCGCGCCCCCCACGCCAGGGCGCACCGGAGCAAGAAGGCCGGGGAGGAGCCAUCGGAGGAGAAGGGGGAGGAGGAAGAGGAGGAUGACGAGGCUUCCACCAUGUCGGAGGGCUCCGAGGCUCCGGACUACGAGGGGGCGGGCGCCGGGGCUGGGUUGGAGAGUGACGGCAAAGCAGCCCCCGCUGAGCAGAGCCAGAUGAACGGGGACUGUAAGGACAGCAGGCGUGGUGGGAAGGACUGUCCCAUGGGGGGUGGCCACGCCAGGGACUUGCACCCCCCGGAAGAGCACUCCCCGGACAAGGGCUCCGAGCGCCCCCACCGCGAAGGCAGCGAGAGGCGUCAUGCCAAGGCCUGCUCCCCUGGGGAGAGCGCCUGCCAGCAGUUCGGGAUGGGCAAGAAGGAAGGGGGCUCCUACGGGCAGCCAGACAGAGCAGUCUCUCCAGCCGUUGCGGGCGCGGACCCCCCUGUGCCCUUGUCCCCCGGGCGGCCCGGCGUCCAGGCAGCGGAUGGGACACUGUUCAGCUGCGUCUCGGUGAAGAAGGAGAAGCCCUCAGACCCCGUGGAGUGGACAGUGACGGACGUGGUGGAUUAUUUCACGGAGGCUGGAUUUGCAGAGCAGGCAUCUGCCUUUCAGGAGCAGGAGAUAGACGGGAAGUCCCUGCUGCUCAUGCAGCGCACAGACGUCCUGACCGGACUGUCCAUCCGCCUGGGCCCCGCGCUGAAGAUCUACGAGUACCACAUCAAGGUGCUGCAGCAAAGCCACUUCGAGGAGGACGAGGUGGAUUCCUUCCUGGGCUGA